GUGAAAUUCAUGUCAUGUUGAUCUUGUGGUAUGUGUUUUUUUUUUGCAGGACAUGGGGUUCCCCUCCAGGCGGACAUUGCCGUGGGUGACAUGAUGAAGAAGGACCAGGAGCGGUACCCGGAGCGGAGAGAGGAGUUGCUCAACAUGCUCGGCGUCGACCCGAACUGGAGGAUGCACCAGGUUUCUGACGGACAGAGGAGGAGGGUCCAGCUCCUGCUCGGCCUGGUGAAGCCGUUCAAGCUCCUCCUGCUUGAUGAGGUCACCACCAGCUUAGACGUCGUGGUUCGACAAGACCUGCUGCACUGGCUCCACAAGGAGAGCGUGGAGCGGGGUGCCACCAUCAUCUACGCCACCCACAUCUUCGACGGGCUGGACGAAUGGCCGACCCACCUCACCUACCUCACCAGGGACGGAAGCACGGGCUGGCAGGGACGGCUGGAAGACCUGGAGCUCAACCGACAAAUGAAGGAGAGGGGCGAGACUUGCACCCUCCUGAAGGUUGCAGUUCACUGGCUGAGGGGGGAGCAGGAAGAAUACAGAAAGGAAACCUUGGAGCGCAGGCGGCAGGUGGAGGAGUCCGGGGGGUCUGACGCCAUCCGCAACCGCAACCCCAACCUCAAAGCAUACGUCGCAGGGGGAGGGUUCGCACCGGGACGGAUGGCCCAUCAGGGUAUCUGAGCAGUUUUGAGGCACCGCCUCGCAGCCGCUGGCAAGUAAAAGGCGGGCCGUUGUCUUGUCGGGUAAACUGAGAAUUCCCAAACAUAUCUUGGAAGUCAGCACGCCCUGCGUCAAAUGUAGGGUAUACGGAUGGUGUGAGAAAAGGAACAGACAUGAGCUAACGUACCGUCCAGCCGAAUGUCUCCGUUACAAAAUGCUUUACAUUUUGCGACACCCAACAAUCCGGUGAUGCUCAAACACGAAGUUCGCCGAUCACUGCGGCGUAACAACAAGAUGACUACCCUAUGAAGAGAGAUGUUCAAGCAGUUCAUCCAUGGGUCGGAUAUUUCCUAUGCAUACGCUCUAGAUAGUUUGUUGUUGGAUCGUUUUUGAACUAGUGUAAGGGUUGGGUUGAAAGAAAGUGCAACUGGUGAAGGUGUAGCUGGGCCUACAAAAAACCGUCUCGUGGCUCUUGAGUGUUGGUAUUUUUUUCAUGAUGUAUGUUCGUGGUGCAUGUGUGUUGAGUAUCUUCCCGAAGUUUUCUGGAAUAUACGAAAGGGGGGAUGCCCUGUCCUUACCCGCUUUGGGGGCAAGCCAAAAUGGCGAGCGUUUUCGGGAUGAGCGAGUAGCUGUUGGUUCAAUUCUUCAAACGCACCGGUUGCGCCGCGUGACACUGGGUUGUCUGCUUCACUAGAGUAGACCAGAGUGAGCUUCUUGUUUUUUGUGGUGAAGUCAAGCGAACGCGUCAUGGGUUGGUCGGUCUGUGUCGGCAUAGCACUAGAUACGUAUAUUUUAUUGAACGUACGAACGUCGCGAUCGAGUCGACCGCAGACUAAAACAGCGACCCGUCAGACGUGGGACACGCCGCCUGGAAUGCCUGUCACCGCCAAUGAAACACUGCUGUUAUUGUGGGAUGGGCGCGCUUCACUCGGUGGCCGGCCUGAACUCAAAAAGACGACAGGAGCCUAUAGGCAUUGCCUGACG